AUGACGUCUCCAGCUUCAAUCACCUUGACCUCGCCGCGAGGCACCAGGCUCACCUUUCGCGAUGGCAUCUUCAUUGGCAAUGAAUUCCACGCCUCACAAGCUGGGCAAGAUGGCAAGAUCACAGUCUUCAAUCCUGCGACUGGGCAGGAGCUUUGCAAAGUGACAGCUGGAGGAAAGGAAGACGUCGAUGCUGCCGUCGAAGCUGCUGAAGAGGCGCUCAAGACUUCCUGGGGCCUCAAGAGCACUCCAGCAGAAAGGGGCGCGCUGCUCUACAAGUGGGCGGAUCUGAUCGAGCAAAACGCCUCGGAGCUUGCAGAACUGGAAGCAAUGGACAAUGGUAAACCUCGUUGGAUGGCAAAGGACUUUGAUAUUGCCGACUCGAUAGCAUGCCUGCGCUACUAUGCUGGUCUGGCUGACAAGGUUUCGGGCAAGACUAUUGAGAUGAAGGACGGGGACAACUUUGCCUUUACUCGAGUCGAGCCGAUUGGCGUCACCGGUGCCAUCAUCCCGUGGAACUAUCCCAUUCAGAUGGCUGCCUGGAAGCUCGGGCCUGCCCUUGCAGCGGGCAACUGCCUCAUCUUGAAGCCAGCAGAACAGACACCCCUGUCAGCUCUAAAGCUGGCAGAGCUAGCAGCGGAAGCCGGUUACCCUCCCGGUGUACUCGCCGUCAUCAAUGGAUACGGCAAGGAUGUAGGUGCGGCUAUUUCGGAGCAUCCCAGGAUCAGAAAGGUCGCCUUUACCGGAAGUACGGUCACGGGGAGGAAGAUCAUGGCUUCUUCAGCUCACAGCAACUUGAAAAAGGUUACGCUCGAACUCGGCGGCAAGUCACCCGUCCUAGUCUUCGACGACGUUGACAUCGAAGAAGCCGUUCCCUGGGUCGCCCUCGCCAUUCUGUUCAACAUGGGUCAGGACUGUUGUGCAGGGUCCCGCCUCUUUGUUCAGCGUGGCAUCCACGAUGCCUUUAUUGCCAAGCUCAUCGAGGCAUUCAAGGCGCACAAGAUCGGUGAUCCGUUCGACGAUACCUCUUCCCAUGGCCCGCAAGUCAGUAAAGAGCAGUACGAAAAGAUUAUGAGCUACAUCGAGUACGGCAAAAAGGGCGGUGCCAAGGUCGCCUAUGGUGGAGGAAGAGCAGAGGCGGCCGCAAAGGGAGACCUCGCGGGUGGAUACUGGGUGGAACCGACGAUCUUCACUGGCUGCCAAAAGGGCAUGCGCAUCGUUGACGACGAGAUCUUCGGGCCGGUGCUGGCCGUCAUUCCCUUUGACACCGAGGAAGAGGCAAUUGAGAUGGCCAAUGACACCGAGUAUGGACUCGCUGCUGGAAUCUUCUCUACGGGUGCUUCGCGGUGCAUGCGAGUUCUGGCUGCCCUGAAAGCUGGCACGAUUUGGGUCAAUAAUUAUGCCCUCCUGUCAAACGCGGUACCUUUUGGAGGCUAUAAGCAGAGCGGGAUGGGUCGCGAGCUCGGGGUGGAUGCUAUCAAGGAAUGGACCGAGGUGAAGAGCGUGCACUGGAACAUUGGCACUAAGCUGGACUGGCCACUGCAGGGCGGAGGUGCAUGA